AAGCUGUAACCCGAGUCGCACAUGCGCCAAGUGGGAUUCAAGAUGGCGUCCAGCGCAGAAAGUCAGAUGAACCUCGCUGCGCUCCAACAGCGCGAUCCUUACAUCACCAAUAUCAUAGAUACCGCCAGUCAGGUCGCACUGUACACCUUUAGCGCCAAGAAAAACGAGUGGGAAAAAACGGACAUAGAAGGGGCCCUAUUCGUCUACACCAGGUCAGCGGCCCCCCACAAUGGCUUCACCAUCGUGAACAGGUUGAGCAUGAACAACCUGACAGAGCCCAUCACCAAAGACCUGGAGUUCCAGCUGCAGGAUCCCUUCCUGCUCUACAGAAAUGCACAACACCAAAUCUAUGGCAUCUGGUUCUAUGACAAGGAUGAGUGUGCCAGAGUUGGCCAGCACAUGAACAGCCUGACCCAGUGGGCUGCGAGCAGUGCCACCAGCGAACACUCGCCGCGCCGGCAGCGCAGAGCGUCCCUGGACGGAGCCACUCCCGUGGAAGGGUCAGCGACAGUCGCUGCCGGCAAGAGGGAGGUGGACAUACUGCAGAUGCUGUCUAAAGCACAGGAUGAGUAUGAUAAGCAACCAGACAGUACAGAUGCUGGCACUACAGAAAAAAGAGUGGACAUUUUACAGUUGCUGUCCAAAGCACAAGGUGAUUACCACAAGUCAAAACAGACAAGUGGAGCAGAGCCAAAACCUAUGAUUGACAACUUGACAUCAAGAGCAGAGGGUGGAACAGGCGGCCUCGUCAGACCUGUAGCUCUCAAACCUGAACCUGCAGCCAGUCAAGCACAGGUCCCGACCUCCCACCCCAGACCGGUGAACCUGGCCACCCUGUUUAACCAGCCUGUUGACCAGCACCCUGUGCAGGUGUCAGAACACCACCCCGCGGCCGUGCCAGGCCAGCAGCACGACACAGCGGGGAAGAUGCCCGUCCUGCUGCAGAGACUCAUGUCCAACCCCGGGAUCGGGGAGCGCGUCACCACGCUGGAGAGUCUGGAGGCGGACCAGCUGGGUCCCCGCGGCGCUGAGGCAGGAGGCGGGGGAGGGGAGCCACAGUUCCAGCCGGAUCAGCUGGUGGAGCAACUCAACAUGCUGAAGAUGAAGCAGCAGGAGCAGGUGAGUGAGGAGGUACAUGUAGGUGACCCCACAUCUCCAGGGACAAACCUGUUAAAGAUGCUGCAGGCCAGCCCAGCAGGGGCCGCAGGCUUCACUGGGACAACCACCACAACCGACAGUCGCAACUUGUUACUGAAGAACUUACAGGCCAUGGCCCCCCAGCCCAGCAGUUUACUCACACCCCAGGCUUUUGAGGCUGCAGCAGCUGCUAGUGCACAGCUACCUCAGGCUGGCCCGCGACGAACACGCAUGUCCUCCACAUCCUCAGCUGCUUCCCUGGACACGGCUGCUUCACAGUUCAAACUCCAUCCUCUGUCUAAAGAACAGCUGAAACAAGGGCUACUGUACCUUAUAGAGAAUGAUGACGACUUUGUGGACAAGAUCCACGAUGGAUAUCUGCAGAGUUUAAAGUCCCGGAGAGACAGUAACCUGUGAUGGUGUAACAGUAGUUAUAGUGAAGGCAACAUGUCAGUAUUGUCCAUGCAACCCGUAAAGGAAAACAAGCAAACAGUAUGCUAAACCACAGUCUUAUGUAACUCUUACAUGUAACUAGAAGCACAGUGAUACACAAUGACAUAGAGGCAGAAGGGUGUUGCUCAAACUAUCAUUUUCCAAAAGUCAGAUAAAACAGAAAACAUAUGAAUGUGCAGUUCUGUCAACAGCUAGUAGCUAAAAAAACAAUGUUUUGUUUUGUCUGAUAUCUUAGUUAUUAUAUUGUCAAGAAGUUUGACAAUGUUCUGUUUAAAGAUGCAUCACCAGUAGCUUGUGAAGCAUAAAAUCCCUCUUUUCAGACCAUGAAAGCCUCCCUGGUCCUGUAAGGCCCAUACAUGUACGUCUAAUGUAUAACCCAGUAACAGUGUAAACAAUCUUAGAACUUGCUUUCUACACUGUACUUACUCCUUCAGAGAAAAGCACAAUAAGAAGACAUGACACAAAGAGGACAUGGAAGGAACACAAGAAAAUUCAGUCUUUGAGUUUCCAAUAUCUUAUCCAGGCACUUUUGUUUUGGUUCAGGGCAUGCACUAAAAGAAAUGGGCUAACAGAGCAGAUAUAAACAGAAGUCUAUUAACUUGGAUAGCCUCCAGGCAAACCUACACGAAUGUACAUGUACAAGGGGAAAACCAGUGCAACUGUAAAUUAUGUAGCCAAAAAUAGUCUGAUGUAAAGACAACAUGUAUCAGGAUUUCACCAUCAGUCACAAAGAUGUGUGUAUAAAUUUGCUUAUCUUAACAUUCCCUUUCUGAACUGUGCACAGCAUAUCUAGCCUAACUAAAGGCUGAUACAGUCUCUGGCACUCACUGCUGCUUUCUUACGUGUUUGUCAUUGCAGAUAGUGCUGGUUCCCAGACACAAAUGGCCAAGAAAUGUCAAUGUUGCUUCCUCUAAGCUGGUGUCACACUGCCAGCGACCUUUGGCCAAGUUUGCCGGUUGCCAAAUUUCAAAAUGAAGCAUAUUUUUCAGUUUAAAAUCUACCCUAUGUAUGAUGAUGAUGAAAAUCUACCCUAUAAAAAUUGGAUGGGGCCCAGUGGUCUGCGAACAUCGGCCAAUCCCUAUGAAUCGGACAGCGAUCAAGAGGACACUGUCUGUACAAAAUGUAUUUCAGCCCAAAUGUCCUUUUGAGCUCAAACUCGUCAGGCAAGCUGUUUUCCUGUUGUGUAAUGCCAGCUUUACUGAGACAAGAAGAACAGAAAUCAUGACAUAAUACUCCUGUUUGCAAGAAAUUCUAUCAGUCUUAAUUUAAUGUUUUGUGUUUCUAAACCAAUACAAUAUGGAAGACAACAAGUUUGGCAAAUGAUGUUCAUUUUAGCUAUGAUUUGCUGAUUUUCAAAUCCAUUUUGAUCACUGACAAAACAUGUUUCUUACAUGUAACCAAGUGGUUGUUUUAGAAUGAAAUUGCCUUUAAAGCUUUGGAUACUUCAGCAAGCUGUUAUGUUCAACAAUGUUUUUGUUGUAUAUGUAUUUUUAUAAUAAAA